UUUUUGUUGAUUUUUAAAUAUCAAGAUUUGCAGUUCCUCUCAGAUCCUCUUGAAGGCUUUUCCAGCGGCUCGGAGCCAUGGAUCUAUUAUAAGAUCCUUUUAUACAUCCAUAUUUGGAGCGUGUUAAAACUUGCAGCUUUUUCUUACAGGCAGUGACUAAGGACAGCCGUGCGCGCCACAGAAAGACCUCAAAGAGCCAAGAUGGCUGCCCCCGUGACGGACGCCGGCGAGUUUGGGAGCUGGCUUAAUGAUCGGCUGGACUCGCUUGAAGUGGACCGUGAGGUGUAUGGAGCCUAUAUUUUAGGGGUCUUACAAGAAGAGGAGAGUGACGAAGAGAAAGAAGAUGCGCUUCAAGGGAUUUUAUCCGCAUUUCUGGAUGAGGACAAUGUGGAAGACGUCUGCAAACAGAUCAUCAAGCAGUGGACGGACCACUGCAGCCAAUCAGCCAAACGUGUCGCCGAUGACGUUGAGGUCCAGGCCAUCGCCAGCAUGAUAGAAAAACAGGCUCAAAUCGUGGUGAAGCAGAAAGAAGUGUCUGAGGAGUCAAAGAAAAGGAAAGAAGCCCUGCUCGCUCAGUACGCCAACGUCACAGACGAUGAGGAUGAAGGUGAAGAAGAGGAGACACUGUGUGGAAAUAACUUGCCUGCAACUGAUAAAUCCCUGUUCAAAAACACCAACGUGACCGAGGUCCUGAACAGACAGAAGCAACAGCGGGACCAGGCUCGCGAAGACUCUCAGAAGAAGAAAGAGACGGACAAGAUGCAGCGGGAAAAGGACAAACUCGCCAAACAAGACAGAAAGGAGAAGGAGAAGAAGCGUACACAGAAAGGUGAACGCAGGAGAUAAAAAAAACCCAAGAGAAAGGACUUUUUGUGUAUUCAAAAAAGGAUUUGUUAAACAACAGAGAAAGAAAAAGAAAAACAACACUCAUUGCCUCUUUUUAUCUAAACCUCAUUUGCACCUUCGGCAUGUGAACAUGACGUCAUCAGACCCUCCUUGUUAUUCACUUCUUGCAACUCUCAAUACGUGUCAAGAAAAAAGGAUAUAAAGUGAUAUUAUUAUAAGAUGUCUAAGAAUAAAGCUGCAAAUCGUUAUAUGAUGAAUACUUGUGACAGUCAGUCUUACAGUACGUCAAUGAAAAUGGAUCUUUAUACAUAUCUGCCAAUUUAUCGUUGGUUCAGCUGAGUAAAUCCUGAAACAUGAAUGAGUCAGUUAAAAAAAAAAAGAGAAAUGAUAUGUUAAUCUGAUUUGUGCUGUGUCAAUAUCUUGACUUUUCAUUUCUGCACAACUUUAAAGUGAAGACAGGUGUUUCAUGUCAACGUUUUUUUGCUUUCAUUUUGAUGCUUAUAGUUUCAGUUUUACCGUCUAUGCAUUUUUCCUCCGAGGAUAAGAAGAAAGGAAUGAGUUGCUAAAUUAUACCUCAAAUUUAUCACAUACUAUGAUUUGAAUGUUUAUAAUGGGGUUUAAAACAUCUUUUUAAAUUAAAAAGAACAUUUUGAAGCA